AACUUGUUGCUGCUGCUCGGCUCGCCUGCGCCAGGCUUUUGGAAGGUGAAAAGGAGGAGGGAGGCACGGAGGGAUGGGGGAAGGGGAAGAAGAGCUCGCUUGAGCUUUAUUUAUGCUCCCAUCGGCGCGUCGGCUUAGGCUGCUCGCGAGCUGCUUUCUCGGGAGCCCUUUCCGGGUGCACGACGAGGAGAAAGUCUCUAUGCAACUCAGCCCCGGCGCGCACUUUGCCAGGUAUGUACCGCGGGCGAGGCGCGUUCCGCGCGGAAGCAGAUGCUACUGCCGCGGCAGCGGCGGCGCCUGCCAGCUCCCGGGCGCUGUAACUGUCACACUGUACCUGAGCUGAACUUGAAAAGAGAGUGAAGGGGCGAUUGGGCGAGCGCUUUCGGCACAACCCGGGGGGUGCUCGUAGACGCGGGGAAGGAGGAUCUAUACUAACGCCCCCCCAGCCCGGCCCACCGCCCAGCACCUCCGUCUCUGCGAAUAGACGGCCCGAGGAGUCGAGGCGGCGACCGGACUCCCCAGGAGACGUGGGGCAGCGGCUGUGACCGCAUCUUGGAGGCUACUACAACAGGUCGCCUUUUUGAGACUCCUUUGGCGGGAAGGGCCACUUGGAAAAGGGAAGGUUUGAAAGAGCUGCAAGGGGGGGUGGAAGGGUUCCCUGAUUCUUCAAGAGAAUACCACUCAGUGACUGUCCUUGUCUCUAUCCUACACAACACAUACUGACCCCACGUUAUCCAGCCUGUGUUGGGGAAGAAAUCAGAGACACCUGUUUGAAAUCAACGGUAGCAUCUAAAGCCACCUGUGUACUUAUUUGUGCCAGGGCUGGCCCGGUCCAACUGCUGGAAAGAGGUUUGGUUAGGUUCUGUUGGGGGUGAUUGUUAGGACAUUGUAUUUUCCCCCUCCUGCUACUCCAAAAAUAUUACCUGUCUUUGAGGGAAGUUGCCCUUCUGCGAACUGUGACUUCAUCAGGAGCCCUCCGUUGAAUAAGGCUGAUAGUGGACCACGUGGCUCAGUAGUGUUUUCUUUGACGGGUGGAAGUGGGUGAUUGUGGCUACAUUGAGCGACCCACAGUAGAGACUUGAUUGCCCUUCCGGCCUCUGCUUGAAGGAACCAUGGCGGCGGGGGUAGCAGCGUGGCUGCCCUUUGCAAGGGCAGCGGCCAUCGGGUGGAUGCCUGUGGCCUCGGGGCCCAUGCCAGCUCCCCCGAGGCAGGAGAGGAAAAGGACUCAGGAUGCUCUCAUUGUGCUGAACGUGAGUGGCACUCGUUUCCAGACGUGGCAGGACACCCUGGAACGUUACCCAGACACUCUGCUGGGCAGUUCAGAGAGGGACUUUUUCUACCAUCCGGAGACUCAGCAGUAUUUUUUUGACCGUGACCCAGACAUCUUUCGCCACAUCCUGAAUUUCUACCGUACUGGGAAGCUCCACUACCCUCGUCAUGAGUGCAUCUCCGCUUAUGAUGAAGAAUUGGCCUUCUUUGGCCUCAUCCCAGAGAUUAUUGGCGACUGCUGUUACGAGGAGUACAAGGAUCGCCGGCGAGAGAACGCCGAGCGUCUCCAGGACGAUGCUGACACGGACAACGCCGGAGAGAGUGCCCUGCCCACCAUGACCGCUCGGCAGAGGGUCUGGCGGGCCUUUGAGAACCCCCACACCAGCACCAUGGCCCUGGUGUUCUACUAUGUAACCGGCUUCUUCAUUGCCGUCUCAGUCAUCGCCAAUGUGGUGGAAACAGUGCCAUGUGGGUCCAGCCCGGGUCACAUUAAAGAACUGCCCUGUGGGGAGCGGUACGCCGUGGCCUUCUUUUGCCUGGAUACAGCCUGUGUCAUGAUCUUCACAGUGGAGUACUUGCUUCGCCUGGCGGCAGCUCCUAGCCGUUACCGCUUUGUGCGUAGCGUCAUGAGUAUCAUCGACGUGGUGGCCAUCCUACCGUAUUACAUUGGGCUGGUGAUGACAGACAAUGAGGAUGUCAGUGGAGCCUUUGUCACACUCCGCGUCUUCCGGGUCUUCCGGAUCUUUAAGUUUUCCCGCCACUCGCAAGGCCUGCGUAUCCUGGGGUAUACGCUGAAGAGCUGUGCCUCAGAGCUGGGCUUCUUGCUCUUCUCGCUCACCAUGGCCAUCAUCAUCUUCGCUACAGUUAUGUUCUACGCCGAGAAGGGGUCUUCGGCCAGCAAGUUCACCAGCAUCCCUGCUGCUUUUUGGUACACCAUCGUCACCAUGACAACGCUAGGUCUUGUAUAGGUACCAACCUGAAAUACAUAUAUCAUCUUCAGAUGUUUUGUUAUUUUUGUGAGUUUGAAAGCAAAAGUGGUUUACGUGUCUUGAAAUCUGUGAAAAUUGCCAGAGGAUAUGUAUUUUUAACCCAAGUUAAAUUGGGACCAGCUUGUAGCAAAUGUAUAAUGAGAACUAACAGAGGCAUUGCUUUGUUAAGAAACACUGUGUUAGAGAGUAAAACAUAAUCAUGAAUGGAUAAUUGGAGAGAACUUGAGUUUGGAAGAACAAGAAUUGGAUUAACGGC